CUGUUUCAGCUCCCUGCUGACAUCACCGAUAUCUGGGUCGCCAAAAUCGCUCCUCCAUGCACAUGUUGGUCACUAAAAUCGCGCGGCCGGAAACUCGGAGGCCACGAAACCGGGUCUCGACAAGCUCCCCGCCCGUCCUCCACAGCAGCGGUGGGCAACCGGAGCUAGGGUUUCGACGAAGAUAGCGGUCAUGGAUAGCGCCCUCGUGAGUGCCGCCUCUAUCGCGGAUCAGAAGCAAAAGAUCGAACAGUACAAGCUCAUUCUCGCCUCCGUCCUCUCUUCCGCUCCCACCGACGUCUCUCAGGCCAAGCGCUUCAUCGAUCACAUGAUCUCGGACGCCGUUCCUUUGGUGGUCUCGAGGCAGUUGCUUCAGACAUUCGCGCAGGAGCUGGGAAAGCUGGAGCCCGACACCCAGAAGGAGAUUGCCCACUAUGCCCUAGCUCAGAUCCAGCCCAGGGCUGUAUCUUUCGAAGAACAGGUGGUAGUCAUCAGAGAAAAACUAGCUGAAUUGUAUGAAUCCGAACAACAAUGGUCAAAAGCAGCACAAAUGCUUAGUGGAAUUGAUCUAGAUUCAGGAAUGAGAAUGGUUGAUGAUACAUACAAGCUGUCCAAGUGUGUCCAAAUUGCUCGUCUUUAUCUUGAGGAUGAUGAUGCUGUAAAUGCAGAGGCUUUUAUCAACAAAGCUUCUUUUUUGGUUAGCAGUAGUAAGCAUGAGGUCCUAAAUUUACAAUACAAGGUUUGCUAUGCAAGGAUAUUAGAUUUAAAGAGAAAGUUUCUGGAAGCUGCACUGCGUUAUUAUCAGAUAUCUCAGAUUGAAAAGCGUCAAAUUGGUGAUGAGGAAAUUGAUGAGGAUGCACUGGAACAAGCUCUCAGUGCUGCUGUGACCUGCACAAUAUUGGCUGCUGCUGGUCCCCAACGCUCUCGUGUUCUUGCUACCUUGUACAAGGAUGAAAGGUGCUCAAAGUUGAAGAUUUACCCGAUAUUGCAGAAGGUCUAUCUUGAAAGAAUUUUGAGAAAACCAGAGAUUGAUGCAUUUGCUGAGGAAUUGAAACCACACCAGAAAGCUCUUUUGCCAGAUAAUUUCACUGUGCUGGAUCGUGCAAUGAUUGAGCAUAAUCUCCUGAGUGCAAGCAAACUCUAUACAAACAUAAGUUUUGAAGAACUAGGAACCUUAUUGGGUAUUCCUCCUCAAAAGGCUGAAAAAAUAGCCUCACGGAUGAUCUAUGAGGAUAGAAUGAGGGGAUCAAUUGAUCAGGUUGAAGCUGUCAUACAUUUUGAAGAUGACACUGAAGAGUUACAACAGUGGGAUCAGCAGAUUGUGGGUCUAUGUCAAGCACUUAAUGAUAUUCUCGAUGGUAUGACGAGUAAAGGCAUAUCAAUUCCUAUCUGAGUGUCUGCCUUCAUUAAAUGAUCUGUGGGCUUAGAUGGAUGUUCUUGAUAUAUUUGUACAUUUAGGCAUCCAUUUUGUGGUAGCCUCUUUUAUAUCUAGAGGAAUGGUUAAUGUGGCUGCACCUAAUCUGGGUAUCCUACCAUAACAUUUUGUACAUGGGAAUCAACCAUGUUCAUGGUCAAGCAGAUGGUUGUUCUUUGCUUAUUGAUUUUUCUUUUCCAGAGUUGUACAGAGGUAGUUUGGAUUUUUGUUCACCAUUGACCCUCAAAUGUAGCUGAUUGUAUUGGAAUAUUGCAUGUUGAUGGGUUGUAUUUUGGUAUCAAGAUUUAAUGUUUCAUUAUGUGAUAGAUCAUCAAGAAUUUGGUACUAUUUGAUUGGUUA